AUGAACAGCCAAAUUACCUUUUCAAUUACUUUAGUUUGGCUCAACCCCAAAUCCCCAAGUUGGUGUCUCCCACCUUCGUUUGUAUCGCUCACUGCUCUACUUGGCGACCUCCAGAUUCAAUCAGCCAUGGCUUCCAUUUCCAAGCUCUCAACCUCAGCUUUCACACAGUCGGCCACCAGCUCAAGGCCCAGCAACGGAUCUUCACAGCGGCUCAUCCGCUGUUUCGGUCCCAUCAAACAAGCUCCCGCCUUUGAUCAUCCGCUUUUCUCUUCAAAGCUGAGCAUGCGCAGCCAUCUUCCCAUCAGGGCUUCUCUGGUUGUCAGAUGCUCAAUGAAUGAUGCAAAUGGAACAAGUGUAAAGAAAACCACUCUUCAUGAUCUUUAUGAGAAGGAAGGGCAGAGCCCAUGGUAUGAUAAUUUAUGCCGUCCGGUUACUGAUCUUAUUCCACUGAUCGAAAGCGGAGUCAGAGGUGUAACUAGCAACCCGGCGAUUUUCCAGAAAGCAAUAUCAACUUCAAGUGCUUAUAAUGAUCAAUUCAGAGAACUUGUUCAAACUGGAAAAGACAUAGAAAGUGCGUAUUGGGAACUUGUGGUGAAAGAUAUCCAAGAUGCAUGCAAACUUUUCGAGCCUAUUUAUGAUCAAACAGAUGGAGGUGACGGAUAUGUCUCAGUUGAAGUUUCACCCAGACUUGCUGAUGAUACUGUGAAUACAAUAGAAGCUGCGAAAUGGCUUCACCAAUGGGUUGAUCGUCCUAAUGUCUACAUAAAGAUUCCUGCAACAGCUGCAUGCAUUCCAUCAAUCAAGGAGGUCAUUGCUCAAGGAAUAAGUGUUAAUGUUACGCUUAUAUUCUCUCUUGCUAGAUAUGAAGCGGUCAUCGAUGCUUACCUGGAUGGUCUUGAGGCUUCGGGCCUCAGUGAUCUCUCGAGAGUCACGAGUGUUGCUUCAUUCUUUGUGAGUCGAGUGGAUACGCUUGUUGAUAAGGUGCUCGAGAAGAUUGGGACACCUGAGGCACUUGAUCUCCGUGGGAAGGCUGCAAAUGCUCAAGCAGCUCUGGCUUACGAGCUCUAUCAGAAGAAGUUUUCUGGGCCCAGAUGGGAGGCUUUGGUGAAGAAAGGGGCAAAAAAGCAAAGGCUUCUGUGGGCCUCAACCAGUGUCAAGAAUCCUGCUUAUCCAGACACUCUAUAUGUGGCUCCUCUUAUUGGACCUGACACAGUUUCCACCAUGCCCGAUCAAGCACUCCAAGCAUUCAUCGACCAUGGCUCUGUUGCAAGGACUAUCGACUCCAAUAUUCCAGAAGCCAAAGGCAUUUACAGCGCGCUCGAAAAAUUGGGUGUCGACUGGAGUGAAGUUGGAGCUCAACUUGAGCUGGAAGGAGUUGAGUCCUUCAAGAAGAGUUUCGACAGCUUGCUCGAUAGCUUGCAGGAGAAGGCAAAUUCUCUUAAGCUCGUGAGCCUUUGA